AUGGAUGAUUUUCUAAAGAUAGAAAAAAUUGGCGAGGGCACAUAUGGAGUAGUUUAUAAAGGCAAAAAUAAAUUAACUGGACAAUUUGUGGCUAUGAAAAAAAUAAGGUUGGAAUCUGAAGAUGAUGGUAUUCCGUCAACAGCAAUACGAGAAAUAUCGCUGCUAAAAGAACUAAAUCAUCCUAAUAUAGUGAAGCUUGAAGAUGUUUUGAUGGAGGAAUCCCGACUUUAUUUAAUAUUUGAGUUCCUGUCCAUGGAUUUGAAGAAGUAUAUGGAUUCUCUUGGAUCUGGCAAAUUUAUGGACCCAAAUGUGGUGAAAAGUUACUUAUAUCAAAUUAACAAUGCCAUUCUCUACUGCCACCAACGUCGCAUAUUGCACAGAGAUCUCAAACCACAGAAUUUGCUUAUUGACAAGACUGGUAUUAUUAAGGUUGCUGACUUUGGCCUGGGGCGAGCGUUUGGUGUUCCAGUGCGUGUCUACACUCAUGAAGUGGUAACACUUUGGUACAGAGCUCCUGAAGUCUUGCUUGGUAGUCAGCGAUAUUCUUGCCCAAUCGACAUGUGGUCUGUGGGGUGCAUCUUCUCUGAGAUGUCGUCAAAGAAACCGCUGUUCCAAGGUGACUCGGAGAUCGAUCAGCUUUUCCGUAUCUUUAGGAUGCUACAAACUCCAACGGAAGAAAUAUGGCCGGGAGUGUCAUCUCUGCCUGACUACAAACCUACUUUCCCCAAUUGGACUACAUUCAAUUUACACAAUCAUGUACAAAACUUAGACGAGACGGGCAUGGAUCUACUGCAAAAGAUGCUAAUAUACGACCCGGUGCGUCGAAUUAGUGCUAAAGAUGCCCGAAGACAUAGGUACUUUAGAGAUGUGAAACUGCCCCCCGGCCUCACUACACAUGCUCCAUACAUUAGAUAUAACUCUGAUGUAUCUACAGACACAGAUAACACCGGCCAGAGUGUG